AUGGAUGCAGAUGAGUUGAUUGAAUCCAUCAUCAGAGCAUUCAUGUUUCUGUCAGGGAUCGUGGGAAACAAAUUGUUGGCCAUACACUCCCUACCCAGGCAGAAAUCUGGGAUCCGCACCAGUGAGGUCCUCUUCAUCAAUCUUGCGGUUUCCAACCUCAUCACCAACUACCUGGUGGACCUGCCCGACACCGUGGCAGAUUUUGCUGGACGGUGGUUCCUGGGGGAAACCUACUGUGGCGUGUUUCGUUUUUGUGCUGACCUGUCUGAAACCAGCAGCAUCUACACGACUUUCUUCAUCAGUGCUUUCUGGCACCAGAAACUGGUCGGCUCCCUGAAACAUGGCGGUGCACCGGUGCGGCUGGACAGCCUGUGUCUGGUGGCCUGUCUGCUGGCUGGGAGCUGGACUGUGGCUGUGGUCUUCAGCAUACCGCACUUUUUCUUUGUUGUAGUGGAGGCGACAAAUGAGAGUCAUGAAGACUGCCUAGAUGUCUUCCCUAAUGCGUUCACCAAACACACCUAUGAGAUCUUUUAUCUCACCCUGGCUAAUGCACUCCCUGUUGCUGGGAUUGUAUUUGCCAGUGCUCAAAUUGUCAUUACUCUGCUUCAAAACCAGCAGCGCAUAAGAGGUCAUAACUCUGACACCACCAAGGAAAUGGUUAAGGAUGAAAACAAAGGUCUUGAAAAAAGAAAUGAUGAGAUAGCAGUCAGCACUGUUUCUGGAUCAGGCACCUCAAAAGAUCAAAACAAUUCUGCAUCUUUAACCACCAUUUAUAGAGCCGUGCCUGCUUCUUCCUGCACAAACGCAGGGCUGUCAGGUCACAGCUCUCCCCUAAACACAGAAGCAAACACAGACAGCAGAGUUGGAGAUCCGCCAAUUCUUUCAAGGCCCAGCCAGAUUCCAGCUAAACCCAGUCCAAGCUCAAGCACUCAGGUAAGGGCAGCCAAGAGUGUGGUGGCUGUAGCCAGCGUGUUCCUGGUCUGCUGGCUGACUCAUCUGGUUCUGCGCAUCACCAACAGCAUCCACACCUCAUCGAUAGUGGUGGAGGUGGCAAGCUAUGUUGGUGCCUCCUACACCUGCAUCAUCCCCUACAUAUUCCUGCACGGAGUGAAAAAGCUUUCUUUCUCUUGCAAAAGGUAG